AUGGCGGCUGCAAGUCCACUGUGCCGGUGCGCGGUACCGGCGGUUCUUAGAACUUCAUGGACCGAUGCCAACCCCGGAAGACGGUUCUUCGGCUGCGCCAAUUACCGGGGCGCAAAUGCAUGUAAUUAUUUCCGUUGGAUUGAUCCACCACUUGAAGAUAAUAUUAAGCGCCUUGUUCUUGCCAUGCACAAGAGAAUCCGAGAGGUGGAGAGGAGGAACGAUCACAACUCAUUUUUCCGAGAAGUCAGCAAAGGUUUUUUUAUUGUGGUUGGAGCUCUUUUGGCAAAGAGUGUGAUGGAUUCCCUGUUUGGAAUCAAGGAAUGA